CCGACCCCAAACAAGCCCGCUUUCAUCCCUGUAGCUCGUGAUUCCAGUCAGAGAGCGGCGCUGUGUUCGCAUCCCGAUGGAUUCUCGGGACGGGACUCGACACACAGACACACACAUCAUCAGCAGGAGCGUUCACUGUCUGUCUGUCGCCAGCGUGUGCAUCUGAACGGAUUCUUGCCCUUUUUUACCAGGGAUCUGCGGCCAUACGGAGCCAGUACGUCAAAAUGUGUGGCUGAAGAACACACCUCGGGAUUACUGUGGUCUAAAUCCCCCCUUUCGUCCUCCUGUGUCUGUCCAAGCUGAGGAUUUGCUCCGGCCAGCGCCGCGAUCAUGUCGGGGAAAAUAGAAAGCAAGCACGAAUCCCAGAAGUCUCACCUCUCCUCUUUCACGAUGAAAUUAAUGAAAUUUCAUUCCCCGAAGAUUAAACGAACUCCAUCUAAGAAAAGCAAACAGCUCCAGCCAGAGCCUACGGUGACGACUCCAGAGAAACCUGUCAACAAGAAGGUGAGUCGAUUGGAGGAACAGGAGAAGGAGGUGGUGAGUGCUCUACGUUACUUUAAGACGAUUGUGGACAAGAUGAGCGUCGAUACGAAAGUUUUGCAGAUGCUUCCUGGUUCGGCUAGUAAAGUAUUGGAGGCCAUAUUGCCUCUGAUGCAAGUCGAGGCUCGGAUACAGCACAGCUCGGCAGUGUCCUCCUGUCAUAACUGCGUCUAUCAGAGUUUGGCAAAUCUGAUUCGCUGGUCUGACCAGGUGAUGCUGGAGGGCAUCGACCUCGACGACAAGGACACUGUAACAACCGUCACCACGGUGAUCAAAGCUGUGCUGGAUGGUGUGAAGGAGCUGGUGAAACUCACUAUAGAGAAACAGGAGCAACCGUCCCCGACGUCCCCCAACAAACCAGUGCCUCCUGUGGUCAAAACUGAGAGUGUGUGUGAAAAUCCUCUAACUGAACGAGAGAAGGCCAUCCUGAGUAAGACCACGCCCAUUGUUACGCCCACUGACAGUUUGACUGACAUGUCAGAGGAAGAGGUUGCUCCGCCCAAACCUCCUCUGCCAGGAGUUAAACUGGCAGAGCACAGGAACAGGAUGCAGUUGUGCUCCGAUCCUGUUGCCGGGCAGCGGAGGGCCACAGCGAUGGAAACCCCGCCCGCUCUGCCUCCCAAGAAGCGACAGUCGGCCACCUCCCCCACACGUGUUGCCGUGGUAGCGCCGAUGAGUCGAGUCCCAUGUGGUCUCAACCUGCCUCCUGGAGCUCUGAGACAGCAGCAGGAGUUUGACGUGGAUCUCCUGCAGAGGCGUUUCUCCGGUGGGAGCCAGUCGUACGGCGGGGAUUCGCCUCGUCUGUCCCCCUGUAACAGUAUGGGAAAACUCAGCAAGUCCGAUGAGCAGCUCUCAUCUCUGGAGCGAGACAGCGGCCAGUGCUCUCGCAACACUAGCUGUGAAACACUAGAGGGAUAUGAUCCCGAUUACGACUUCCUGCAUCAGGAUCUAUCCGUGUCCGAGCCUUUACCGUUUCCGACGGGCACUGGCAGCAGUCUGAGCCCUCUCCCAGAAUGCCACGGGGAGUCUCAGUCGUUAAGCCCCGCCCAGGCCCCCGCCCACCCGCGUUUCAGCGCUCCCGUCACCAGUCAGGCUUCCCUGGAGUACUGGACCCCGCCCCUCACACCUGGACGGACCAAUAGCGUGCUUCCCCCCGCCCUCCCACAGAAGAAGCGGCGGUCGGCGCCGAUCAUAUCAGCGUACCCUCUUUACGAGCGCCUCCCAUCGCACUACGAUAACCUGUCAGAAGAGGAGCAGCCCACGCCGCCGUUCCCUCUGGUGAUGCCGGCGUCACCGCUGCCGCAGGUCAACGGAGGAGAUGACCUCUCACAGUGUACAGACGCCGACAGCCCGCCGCCGCUGCCAGAGAAGAAGGGCAAACAGAUCCUCCAGUACAUGCAGUUUGUGGAGGAUUACUCUGAACCACAACCGUCCGUCUUCUAUCAGAUGCCUCAGAACGAGAGUAUUUACGAGCAGCGGAGGAACAAGCGCUUUCAGGAGGUUUACGGCUUCAACGAUUCCUACAGCAGCUCGGACUCCGUCCACGAACCCGUCCCACCGCCAGCGCUGCCUCCCAAACAGAGACAGCUGGACCCCACAUCAUGCGACGAUGUGCUUCAGGACCACACCCCUCACAUACCCACGUCCAAUAGCAAGGAAGCUUUGUCUAAGGACAGGCCAAAGGAACCCAGUCAUGGUCAGAUUGAUGAUGUUGAUGAACUGUCCCUCAUUGAUCAUAAUGAUAUUAUGAACCGCAUCACACUCAAAGCAGAGAAUGAUGAUGGUCCUGAUGUGAGGGCCGGGUCUGGUGAUAUACUGUUAGUUCACGCUACAGAAACAGACCGUAAAGAUUUGGUGUUGUACUGCGAGGCUUUUCUCACCACCUACAGAACCUUCAUAACCCCUGAAGACCUCAUUAAAAAACUGCACUACAGAUAUACCCGGUUCUGUCACAGUCCAGACACCUUUAGGAAGCGUGUCAGUAAAAACACGUUCUUUGUGCUGGUGAGAGUCGUGGAUGAACUCUGUCUGGUGGAGCUGACCGAGGACAUCCUGCGGCAGUUGAUGGAUCUGGUCUUCCGGCUGGUCUGUAAUGGAGAGCUGAGUCUGGCGAGGGUCCUGCGAAAGAACAUCCUCGAUAAAGUGGAACAGAAGAGGCUCCUGCGACACAUGCACAUGCUCAAACCUCUCGCCGCGCGGGGCGUCUCUGCCAGGCCUGGCACGCUGCAUGAUUUCCGCAGUCAUGAGAUCGCCGAUCAGCUGACGUUGCUGGACGCAGAACUGUUUUACAAGAUCGAGAUUCCCGAGGUGCUGCUUUGGGCGAAGGAACAGAAUGAAGAGAAAAGUCCAAAUCUGACCCAGUUUACAGAGCACUUUAACAACAUGAGCUACUGGGUGCGCUCUAUAAUCAUCCAACAGGAGAAAGCUCAGGACAGAGAGAAACUGCUGCUCAAAUUCAUCAAAAUCAUGAAGCACUUGCGGAAACUGAAUAACUUCAACUCUUAUUUGGCGAUUCUCUCGGCGCUGGACUCUGCACCAAUCAGACGACUGGAAUGGCAGAAGCAGACGUCUGAGGGUUUGGAAGAGUACUGCACUUUGAUUGACAGCUCGUCGUCCUUCAGAGCGUACAGAGCGGCGCUAGCAGAAGUGGAGCCUCCAUGUAUACCAUAUCUGGGUUUGAUCCUUCAGGACCUGACGUUUGUUCACCUCGGAAACCCGGAUUUUAUUGACGGUAAAGUGAAUUUCUCCAAGCGCUGGCAGCAGUUCAACAUUCUGGACAGCAUGAGACGCUUCCAGCAAGUACACUACGAACUGAAACGGAACGAAGACAUCGUCUCGUUCUUCAACGACUUUAGCGAUCAUCUGGCGGAGGAGGCGUUGUGGGAGCUCUCGCUCAAGAUCAAACCACGAAACAUCUCGCGCCGCAGGACAGAGCGAGAGGAGAAGACCUAGAGCCUGAAAUCUGGAACCUCAGAGACCAUUCACGGUGAGACCUGAACCUCCUGCAGAACCUUGGGAACCCACGCUAGAGUUCUUAAUCCGGUUCUGGAGAUGAAAUGGGCUGAAACGAGACACGCAAGCUCCUAUUUGCACCAAUAGACAGACAUUGGCAGUAUUUUUUCCCUGACUGUUGACUUUAAAAAUACACGAGGGGAAUCCUAAUUCAGUAUAGAUACGCACUCGCGCGCACACACAGGGCUGGACAGGACCCCAACGCUGUGAUAUAUAAAGCUAAAUCAUACAACUUGCUAUGUUUGCGUGUGUCUGUGUGUGGCUGUACAGAAAGACACACUCUAAGAGGGCUCGGUUCAUUUGAUAUUAAUACACUGUGCCUGAUGGAGUGAGUUCAUGUUUGUUUGUCCCGCUCGGACGUACUGUCUGACCUUCCAAAGGUCUGAUUCAAGCUACGAUUCGCCCGUAUGGAACUGUGCAACUGGGUCGAUUGGGAAACGGGCGGACGUGUGUGCAAUCCUAUAAGCGUUUUAUAAGGAAUAUUCGCUGAUCUGUUGAAAUGAUUAUGUUUUGACAGAUGCAGUGAGUAAUUGACUAUAUAGAAUAUAUUCAUUUGAAAAUUAAAGAAUGAACUGGACGUUUGGACUCAUUUUUCAUGUCGUCUUGCAAUAUUGUUUUGUGUGUGACCAUGUGCAACCCUCAUCACAAAUGUUUACCCCGUCACAACGCUGACAGCCCCUCGAAUCCCAUGAAAACCCUCAACCCUGUGCUUUUUAUGCCUUAAAAUAAAAAGAAAAAAUUGCAUUGUGA